UAAACCAACAGUUGAUCUGGCGUCCUAAAAUAACUUAUCCAUUUCUAAUAAAAUUGAAUUACACAAACAAAUCAGGUCAGUUAUCGUUUUAUAAAUUCUGUUCAUGCUCCGUUUGCAUUGAACAGUCUCCUUUAUAAUAGGAACAGUUUAAGCUCAAAAUCGGAUUCUCUUGCAUUAAAAAAUCAACCCAACGAAUUAAUGAAUUCGGUUGAUAUUUUUUAACUAAAACACUACUUUUGAUAUUUGAAUACCAAAACUGUGCUUAAAACCUGUGUCGACCUGUUCACUCACAAUAAAUUGCCCACACGCUUGCGACGACAAAAAAUGUCGCUGCUUCAUAUGAAAAAGAAGCACAAUCAUCGUUCUCUGUGUCCCACAGUGCCCGAGCAACACAUCUGAAAUCCUGUGAAGCCUUAUCCCCGACCGUUACCAGCACAACAACGCGAUAGCGGUCGAAGUGGCAUCGUUUGAACUGAUUUCGCAACUCUUCGGCCAAAUUUUCUGCCAAUCGUUUGGCGCGCUUUGCACUGUACUUGUAGUCGCCAAGGUACACUUGCAGAAAGUUGUUCAUCAUCGAUUGCAUUGCCGUGCAGUUGAAAGGAUACUUGGAUUCCAAACGAUAUGAAUUUUGAAAGCGCGGUACCAUAUACUGUAAAAAUCAAACAUAACCAGCGGCAACCCAAAAAAAAGUGCAUUUUAAUUCAAUUACCAUGCUUGUGCGGUCGUGAAGACUUCUCUGGCCACGUAACGACGACAUUGCCGGCCCCAUCAGGCUGGAUAGAAUGAAAACGGAUGAUUUACGCUGAAAUUGUGAUCAUUAAUGCUUAUCUGCCCAAAAAACAUAAGCGAAACAGCGCGGUUCCGAGAAACAGCAGUAAUCCAGCAAUCAAGUAGUCGUGCGCGUUUUCUAUAUUCAAAGUCUUUGUUCAAUAAUCGUUGCAACAGUUAUCUACCGUUCGCGAAAUCGAACUCUUUUUUACUUUUCACUCCGAGAAUGACAACAAACAACAAUGAGCCAAAUACAGCGAAAGAAUCUGAGGCACAAUAUUUACAGAUGCUCGAAAAAGGGGCCAACAUAUCAGUGGACUAUGGGGAAAUUGGGCUUCCGGAGUGGUACGACGAUGCAAAGUAUCGAAGAGCGCAGGAGUUUUUCAAGCGGAACUUCUAUGCGAUGUUCGUAGGCAAACUCUGCGGUCUCUUGGCGAUUGUAGCGGUGCCCACGAUCCUUCGCGUGCUUGUGCACACAAACCAGUCUUCGGAACCGAAAACUGCCUAUCGGCGAUACAUUGCUACAAUCUUUCACACGCUGGAAUGGUAUUACGAGGAGAUGGUACCGUCGUCUCGAGCGUGGAGAUCUGUAACUUACGUGAGAAAAGCACACGCUGGAGUUAGUAGGCACGCUUCCGGCACAAAGCCCGGAAUGAUAAUUUCCCAAAAAGACAUGGCCGUCACGCAGUUCGGUUUUAUUGGCUGCGUUAUAAUCAGCCAUCGAAUGCUCGGUGUGCAGUACGAUCGCGAGGACUUGGAAGCUUUUGUGCACUUCUGGCGAGUGAUAGGACACAUGAUGGGAAUCGAAGAACGGUUUAACGCUUGCACCAAUAGUUUCGAUACAACCGAACAACGUAUGUUAGUCAUCGCGAACGGCAUAUUACGGCCAGCGCUCCUCAACCAUACCGCCCAGUUCGUGGAGAUGGGUAAAGCACUGAUUGAGGGUCUCUGGUGCUUUAAUCCAUUCAUCGAGUUCGACAGCUUCCUUUUUCUAACCAUGCGCCUCAUCAAUAUUCCCGGUUACCAUUACUGGCCCAGUGAUACUGUUCAAUCGGCCCACGAUUUCGAACAAAGUCCCGCUCGAUACGAACAAAUCAAGGGGUACGCUCGUUUUGUUCUGUUUUGCGUCUGCUACAUACAUUCGGUGCUGCUGCCGAUAGCCAUCUUCCGAUGGUAUUUUAACUCGCAGAUGCUGCUGUCUCGCUUCCUGAUCACUUACUUUCCGUUCCUAGCCUUUUAUCAAUUCGGGAUCCAGGAUUCCUACGUUCGUAUUUUAAAAUAAACCCAUGUUACUAAAGAAGUUGGCACGAGCUGUUGUGCUGUUAUGAUGUAAGAGGCUUCCAUCGUAUGUGCAUAUAUAAAUGCAAAAGAGGCUCUUAUCGAGUUAUGAUCGAAAAAGUGAAAUCUUUUUUUUAGUUUUUUGCAAUUUUGCUCGUAAACGAUUGAAUAAUUCAAAAGACAGACUUUUUUCAAAACAAUGAAUCUGGUACCGUUACUCGACGCAAAAUGGCGUUGAUUAUAUUUCAUGU